CUCAAAUAAUUUGUAGCAUUUUGUAGUUUUUUACUGUUGUAAAGUUAUCGAAAAUCGAAAUCUAUAAAACCAAAUGGAUGUAAAGCAAGAGGUUACUGAAGAGAUGUGUGAAGUAGAAAUAUAUAAUAAUGAGAUGGAUGAUGGUUUCUUGAAUAGCUGUAAAAUUGAAAUUCAUGAGGAACCCAAGAAAGAAAGCAUACAUGACACAUUUGUUUAUUCAGACUCACAGGAAUUCCCUACAAAGAUUGAAGUAGAUCCAGAUGAAAGCCAACUUAGACCAGCUGAAGAAAUAGAUGAAAAAGGUUAUCUUCAAGAUGAAAACAGAAUGGAAAUUAUGGAGAAACUCAUCCAAGAUUCAUCUUACGAAGGAAAUGACACGAGUCGCCACACUGAAGAAAAAACACUAAAUAAAAACGUGAAAGUUGUGUCGGAAAAAAGACCUUACAAAUGUGAAAUUUGUUUUAAACAAUUUAGUAAAGCAAGUAAUUUGAAAAGGCAUUUGAUGGUUCACACUGGAGAAACGCCGUACAAGUGUGAAAUUUGUUUUAAGCAAUUUAGAGAUGCAAGUGAUGUGAAAAAACAUUUGAGAAUACACACUGGAGAAAAAUCUCAUAAGUGUGAAAUUUGUUUUAAGCAAUUUUGUCAAGCAACUAAUUUGAAAGUACAUUUGCGAAUGCACACUGGGGAAAAACCUUACAAGUGUGAAAUUUGUUUUAAGAAAUUUAGCGCAGCAGGUACUUUGAAGCGACAUUUGAGAGUGCACACUGGAGAAAAAUCUUAUAAGUGUGAGAUUUGUUUUAAACAAUUUGGUCAAGCAAGUGAUUUGAAAAAACAUUUAACAAUUCACACUAGAGACAAACCUCAUAAGUGUGAAAUUUGUUUUAAGCAAUUUAGUAAAUCAAGUCAUUUGAUAAGACAUUUGAGGGUUCACACUGGAGAAAUGCCUUACAAGUGUGAAAUUUGUUUUAAGCAAUUUCGUCAAGCAACUAAUUUGAAAGCACAUUUGAGAGUGCACACUGGAGAAAAACCUUACAAGUGUGAAAUUUGUUUUAAGAAAUUUAGCGAAGCAGGUACUUUGAAGGGACAUUUGAGAGUACACACUGGAGAAAAACCUCAUAAGUGUGAAAUUUGUUUUAAGCAAUUUAGUGAUGCCAGUUAUGUGAAAAAACAUUUGAGAAUACACACUGGAGACAAAUCUCAUAAGUGUGAAAUUUGUUUUAAGCAAUUUAGUCAAGCAGGUACAUUGAAAACACAUUUGAGAGUGCACACUGGAGAAAAACCUUACAAGUGUGAAAUUUGUUUUAAGAAAUUUAGCGCAGCAGGUACUUUGAAGGGACAUUUGAGAGUGCACACUGGAGAAAAAUCUUAUAAGUGUGAGAUUUGUUUUAAACAAUUUGGUGGAGCAAGUGAUUUGAAAAAUCAUUUGAGAAUACACACUGGAGACAAACCUCAUAAGUGUGAAAUUUGUUUUAAGCAAUUUAGCAAAGCAAGUAAUUUAAAAAGACAUUUGAGGGUUCACACUGGAGAAACACCGUACAAGUGUGAAAUUUGUUUUAAGCAAUUCAGUGAUGUAGGUUGUUUGAAAAAACAUUUGAGAAUACACACUGGAGACAAACCUCAUAAGUGUGAAAUUUGUUUCAAGCAAUUUUCUCAAGCAACUAAUUUGAAAGCACAUUUGAGAGUGCACACUGGAGAAAAACCUUACAAGUGUGAAAUUUGUUUUAAGAAAUUUAGCGAAGCAGGUACUUUGAAGGGACAUUUGAGAGUACACACUGGAGAAAAACCUCAUAAGUGUGAAAUUUGUUUUAAGCAAUUUAGUGAUGCAAGUUAUGUGAAAAAACAUUUGAGAAUACACACUGGAGACAAAUCUCAUAAGUGUGAAAUUUGUUUUAAGCAAUUUAGUCAAGCAGGUACAUUGAAAACACAUUUGAGAGUGCACACUGGAGAAAAAUCUUAUAAGUGUGAGAUUUGUUUUAAACAAUUUGGUGGAGCAAGUGAUUUAAAAAAUCAUUUGAGAAUACACACUGGAGACAAACCUCAUAAGUGUGAAAUUUGUUUUAAGCAAUUUAGCAAAGCAAGUAAUUUAAAAAGACAUUUGAGGGUUCAUACUGGAGAAACACCGUACAAGUGUGAAAUUUGUUUUAAGCAAUUCAGUGAUGCAGGUGGUUUGAAACAACAUUUGAGAAUACACACUGGAGACAAACCUCAUAAGUGUGAAAUUUGUUUCAAGCCAUUUUCUCAAGCAACUAAUUUGAAAGCACAUUUGAGAGUGCACACUGGAGAAAAACCUUACAAGUGUGAAAUUUGUUUUAAGAAAUUUAGCGAAGCAGGUGCUUUGAAGGGACAUUUGAGAGUGCACACUGGAGAAAAAUCUUAUAAGUGUGAGAUUUGUUUUAAACAAUUUGGUCGAGCAGGUGAUUUGAAAAAACAUUUGAGAAUACACACUGGAGACAAACCUCAUAAGUGUGAAAUUUGUUUUAAGCAAUUUAGCGAAGCAAUUAAUUUAAAAACACAUUUGAGGGUUCACACUGGAGAAACUCCGUACAAGUGCGAGAUUUGUUUUAAGCAGUUUUCUCAAAGACAUCGUUUGAAAGAUCAUUUAAGAAUACACACCGGAGGGAGAAACACCAUACAAGUGUGAAAUUUGUUUUGAGCAAUUCAGUCAAGCAGGUCAUUUCAAACAGCAUUUAAGGUUACACACUGGAGAAAAACCUUACAAGUGUGAAAUUUACAGCAUACAAACACAGCAUAGGUAUCAGUGAUAACCCAUAUUGCGCCUGUGGUGGAAUGGGAGAUCUACAGCACCUCAUAUUGGAGUGUGGACAGUAUAGACAAAAUAUUAAAGUAAUGUAUGAAAAGUUAAUUAAUCUAAAUUGUCCUUUACCUGUCAAUUUAAACGAAAUUCUUUUUCCAAAAAAUAAGCAGACGUUACAAUGUCUUUACGAAUAUGUAACGUCCUGUAAAUUUAAAUUUUAAAUAGGCUUAGAUAAUAAAAUUAAAAAUUGUAAAAAUAUCACACAAAAUAAUUGAAAAAUGUAUCCAUUAACAUAUUAUAACACCCUGUAAAUUUAGAUAAUAAGUAGAUUUAGAUAUUAACUUAAAAUUGUUAUAGUACUACCAUAAAAAAAACAAAUAGUCUGGCUCAGGGGUGGCGAACGUGCGGCCUUAAGGCCGCAUGUGGCCUUUUCAUAAAUUAAAAAUUAUAAAAAUUUUACGAUACUAAACGAUAAAAAAAGUUUACGAUACUAAAAAUACCAUUAGUAAUCAUUUAUUCAAACAAAAAAAUUGUAUCAAAUACCGUUCAAUUAUUGGAAGGUUCACUAAGAAGGAAAUGUCACAUUCUAUCUGCUAUCACCUCGAUUCCUUCCCCGCGCUAUAAACUGUUUGGCUUCAAAUUUCGGUGAACAAAGAGUAGAGCAUGCCUAGUUCAUCUUUAUUUAUACGUCCAUGAAAACGAUCCUCGCAGUUGCAUAAAGGAACGCAGCCAAGUAACGUCGAGGCAACGAAAUUGCCGGUGUAUAACUGUAUCAACUUUACUAAAUGUUGUUUAUUUUUUGAAUAAGGUAAGUUGUAAGAUAAUAUAUAUUACAAACAUCGAACAAUGUUUUCUAUUUUAUUGUAGUAAAAUACGGGUCAAUUAAUUUUAAAUUUUAGUAAUCAUUGCACAAUUUAAAAAUUUUUAUCAGUUGAACAAUUAUUAAUAUAAUUUUUUUUUCUGUGAAAGCAAACUUAUGUAAAAAAAAUGUGGAUUUUGAUUUCAGUCCAGGGCCCCCGCUACCAUAUGUGCAAUGUACACGGGCGCCAUCCUUCGGGGGCGCCAAAACCGAGGGUAAAAAAUUGCAAAAAUAUUUACAAAAAAAAUCAAAAAGAAAAAAUUAAUUUUAAAAUAAAAGUUGAGAAAUUAAAUAGUUCAGUUUUACUUUUUUUGGAUGACAUUAUUAGUCUUUCUAUAGAUAUAAAAUAAAAAAUCACGCUAUAAAAAUAACAAACACCCAUUCCGUAGACAAAAAUGUAGAUAAGAAAUACCUAACUCCUAACUAUUUUAUGCCCUAUUUAAGUGUAACAAGAUGGUCCAGCAGAAUUAAUUCAAUAAACCCCUUAAAAUUUAUUCAAUUAAGAUUUGCUAUGGUGUUGCAAUGGUGUUAUUUGUUCCUAUUUUGCUUUAUUUGAAGCACCUACCUACCUACCUUCAAAAAAAUAAAUAAAAAACAUUAUCUUAAGCCUUAAGGGGCGCCAAAAUCCUUUUUUGCACACAGGCGCCAGUAGUUCUUACGGGGGCAAUGUUUCAGUCCAUUUCUCCCGUAUUUUCUCCCGAAUUCUUUCAUGUUUUGGAAGUACAUAUUGUUGCGAGGCAACAUUUUCAUGCAUGACUCAAAUUAAAACACGCCUAAGAAGUCAAAUAAGUGAUGUUCAUUUGGAAGAUCAACUUAAAUUACGUACCACGUCAAUUGAACCAAAUAUUUCUUUUUUGUCAUCCAAUAAACAACCACAGAAAUCCCAUUAAAUUUUCUGGAUCGUAAAAUUAAAUGUAAAAUUUUUUGGAAUUUAUUAAUUGUAUGCCAUUUUAAAAAAUAAACUAUUAAUUGCAAAGAAAAUUAUGUAUUUUAAUUUUGCAUAUAAAUCCCUUUAAUUAAAUCGUAUAUAUAUGGAUGCGGCCUUCUCAAAAAUGGUAAAAUGAAAAUUGGCCUUCUAAUAUAAAAAGGUUCGCACCCCUGAGUCUGGCUAAUUGGCUAUGUCAAAGCCAUUAAUAAAAAAAAGUGUGAAAUUAUUUGUUUUAAGCAAUUUAGUCAAGCAGGUGCUUUGAAAGGACAUUUGAGAGUGCACACUGUGUGCAGUGAUAAAACCUCAUAAGUGUGAAAUUUGUUUUAAAAGAAUAAGAUAAAAGAUUGCUGAUGUUAACUAGUUACCAGAAGGGUAAUGUUUAGGUCAAUUAAACCCAAAUAUAAGUUUCGAGACUGUUCCCUAUGAAUCCUAUGAUUAAGCGGAUGGGUGCGCAUUUUCGGCUGCAAUGCUAUUCAAAUGGGGAUUUAUUUUUUUCGAAUCCUGAGAAAACUAAUAAGUAUUUUUUAAAAAUUUAAACGCAGAAUGAAAUAUUAUGUUCUUACCGAGGGCCGAAAGUCCCUGAAAACUUCUAUAAUGUGUAUUUUAAUAAGUUACAGGGGUGAAAAACUAAGAGAAAAAGUAGUGUGAUUUUUAAUUCCAAAUAUCUCAUUCAAAAGAAAGUUUUUAUUUAUUCUAAGGGACUUUCGGCCCUCGAUAAUAAUUUAGUCUUUCAUUCUGCGUUUAAAUUUUUUUAAAAAUAUUUAUUAGUUUUUUCAGGAUUCGAAAAAAUGGACACCAUGUCCGUGGUGACAUUUUCCAAAUCGAACAUUCGCUAUCUUUGUCAUACAACGCACUGAGUCAAAUAGAAUAUGAUGACAAGACACUGACAGUUUUAAAUAUUUGACAUGGCAUCGGGAAUAUUUUGAGUUGUUGAUUAAAUAAUUGUGAAUUGUGAAAAACUUCAAAUUUAUUUACAGUAGAGCGUCUAUAAUCCGAACCCUGGUAAUCCGAAUGUUCUCUAAUCUGAAUACAAAAAAAUUAUAAAAUUAAAAAAUAUGAUCGCAGACCGAAUUUUUGGAUUUAAUAUGACAAUAUGGGCAAAAUAUGACCGCGGAUUUUUGUUUUGUUUAUGCAGAAAUACAUACAAUAUAUUUGUUUAUCAUGCAGGUGUUUUAUUCCUUGUAACUAAAACGUAUGUACAUAUGUACUAUGUUUAUGAGCUUUGUAUGUAUUUUGAACAUAUGUUCGAUGAUCCGAACAAUUUGAUAAUCCGAACUAACCCUGUACCAAUUAGUUCGGAUUAUCGACGCUCUACUGUAAUUGAUUUAAUACGUGAACUUAAUAAAAAGUUAUUUAUUGGUUAUUAUUUAGGGAAGAUCCAAGCAGAGAAUACGUCAGGAUAUAUUCUGUGAUCCGAGUAUUUUAUUGUUAAAGAUGUUAAU